AUGACUUUCCCUGUUGAAUACAGACUUCAAGGAAGUGACGGUUGCUUCAAAUGCCACAAGUGCUCAACUAGUGCAAGGCUGCGAUCUAUUGCCCCUUACAGUGGUCGGAAGGAGACUGCUGUUUAUGCUACGGACGUGAAAACUGGAAUUGUGAUUCGCUGCAAGGUCUUCAUUGACAAUAUAUCCAGAAUCCAGAUAUUUCAUCAUUCUAUUAAGCUUGAUUUAGAUGGACUUGCUACAUUGCACAUCCGCGCCUUCGACAAAGAAGUUUUUCCUCAAAGACAUUGUCAACUCAGCUUACACGAUGGUGGUCUUGUUCAUGGUGAUUUAACUUUACCCGAAGAUAAAGCGGUUGAUUUGUAUGUCCUGGAAAGAGCCCUCGUUUCGAUGCAUUCUUCAUGCGGCAACAUUAUUGAUCGGAUUCUUGCUGCUUACCGCAAAUCAUCAAAGCAGUGGUCAUCCACAAUGAACAAGCUGGCAGACGUGCGACAAAGAGGACGAAAGAGGACCAUGGUUGGUUGAUUAUUUGAGUUUCAUUUCUUAUUAAGGUAAAAAAAAGGGUGACAACAACUAAUGAAUGUUGUCAACAUAACGUAUAUGUAUUUCUUAUAUGAACAUCUCUUGUAGUUUAAAAAAUUAAACAUUUAAGCUUUGAUUGAAAUAUUCAUCUUC